AUGCCUAAGCGCAAGAGGGAUAAGCACAGUGGACGGAGGCGCGAUAUCUGGACACCACCAGGAGAAGGAGAAGAGGAGACCCUUUACAUCAACAGCAACCGGAAGAAGCUGAAGGUAUACAAGGCGGACAAAAAGUCCCGCAAGUCGGUGGAAUCCAAAUCCGAGGAAGAUACCCCCGCGCCCGCGGAGACUCCAGUGGAUGCACCACCUCGUUCAGACUCAGAAGGAACAGACGCAUCCUCUACCAAGCCACCGCAGAAGUCCAAAGAAUCCUCGCCAUCUUCCCCGAAGAAUGAACGGACAGAACGCAAGACUUCCGUACCCGCGAACCCCAACGCAGAGGCCAGCAACCCGUUCCUUGUUCAGAAAGGCAAGCGCAAGCGACCCGACUCGAAUUCUAACACGUCUAAGGGUAAACACACGGGGUUCUUUACGUCGGAUGAAGUAAAAGCGUUGGAGAAAUUCAAAAUCGAUUUCUGUAACACCCAUGGCAUUCACGGCUCCACGUUCGACGCAAUGGUGCAGCAUUCAGCGCGCGAGAAGGGAGAAACCUUCCCCGGCCAAGAUAUGAUCUCGAAACAAGACUUCUGGAAGGAGAUCUACGGGGUGCAUCCGAAGCGAGACAGACGGUCUGUCUACCGCUUCAUGAGGCGGCAUUUUCAAGCCUCACAGCAGAAACCGCACGAGUGGACUAAACUGCAAGACCAAGAGCUUAUCGAGUUACACGAGAAGUAUGGUCCUAGAUGGGCCUAUAUUGCGAAGCUUAUUGGGCGAAGCGACGAUGAUGUUGUUCAGAGAUGGAAGAAUCGCCUUGAACACCGAAACACGAUGAAAUCAGGACCGUGGUCCGAAGAGGAGGUUUGCCAGUUACUGGAAGCUGUACAGGACUCUUGGACAAAGCUCAAGCAGCAGGGUAUGGACGUCGGCAAGGACUACUACGAAAUGGACGAGAGACUGGUAUCUUGGGGCAAUGUCAGCAGGGCUCUUGGCCAUUGCCGGUCCCGGCAACAAUGUGCAGACAAAUGGCGCAAGGCCAGACGCAAGAUCGUAACGCAGCGUAAACGUGGCCAGGCCGAUGCUGUUUAUGACCCUGCGCUCGAGACAAGGUUAGCAAGCAGGAGAAGCCGGUCGCUGGCAGCUUUAUCCAGGAGUGCCUCGCCCGACAGGAACUAUAAGAGCUCCAAGUACGUGGAAGAGUCGGAUGAGGACGAAACCGAGCAGGAUGACAAGAGCAACGGCGAGCGUACUUCUGCCAAAAGCAAAGCACCAACUCCUAAGACGCCCAAGACGAAGCAUUCGGAAGCUCCCGAGAUCAAUGAAACUCCACAGGAACGCGAGAAAUCUUCAUCUCAAGUGGCUCCCAAAACACAUGAGGGCAAAACCAUUAAGACCGACAGUGAGGACAGUUCCUCCGAUGAAUCCGAAAAAUCGUCCUCCAGCGAUAGUGAAAGCGACAGCUCGCGUGAUAGUGAAGGCUCGGACGACGAGGAUGAAAAGCCACCGAAACCUCAGCAGAACACAAAGCGUGCUCAAGUUACGCAACUCCCGAAAUCCAAGAAAGCCCUUAAAGGUCCCAGUGAUUCCACUUCAUCCAGUUCCGAGUCAGAGGAUGAUGAUCAGGACUCUAGUCCCGAUAGCUCCGACGACUCGGACUCCGACGAAAAUGAUGCUAAACCUUCGAAGGUCAAGCAUCGGUCUCCAUCUGUGCUACAUUCAUUCGGUUCAAACACACCCCGCACGAAGCGGGACAUCAAGAAGGAACCAGAUGAUCUGUUUGCCAACGGCGAAUAA